ACGCUGCAGCUGAACCUGGGUGAUCUGGACCUGACUUCCGAGGAGUUCAUCUUGGACGAAGUGGACAUCCACAUCCAAGCCAAUCUGGAGGAUGCCCUGGUGCAGGAGGCCUUGAAGACGGGGGUGGACCUGAGGCAGUAUUCCAAGCAGGUGGAGCUGGAGCUGCAGCAGAUCGAGAACGCCUCCAUCAAGGACUACAUCAAGGAGAGCAAGAACAUUGCCUCUCUGCACACCCAGAUCACAGCCUGUGACGCUGUCCUGGAGCGCAUGGAGUCCAUGCUGAGCUCCUUUCAGUCCGACCUGAGCAGCAUCAGCUGCGAGAUCCAGACGCUGCAGGAGCAGUCGGUGGCCAUGAACGUCCGCCUGCGCAACCGCCAGGCCGUCCGCGGCCGCCUUUCCCAGCUGGUGGACGAGCUGGUGGUGCCCAACGUCAUGAUCAGCACCAUCCUGGAGACGCCAGUGACGGAGCAGGCCUUCCUGGAGCAGCUGCACGAGCUGAACAACAAGAUCAACGCGGUGAAGGAGCAGGCCUUCCGUGAGACCAUGGCCUGCGCCGAUGUGGCCGACAUCCUGGACAAGCUCAAGGCCAAGGCGGUGGCCAAGAUCCGGGAAUUCAUCUUGCAGAAAAUCUACUCUUUCCGCAAACCGAUGACCAACUACCAGAUCCCCCAGAAUGCCCUGCUCAAGUACAGGUUUUUCUACCAGUUCCUGCUGGGGCACGAACGGUCGGUGGCCAAGGAGGUGCGGGAUGAGUACCUGGAGACCAUGAGCAAGAUCUACCUCAGCUACUUCAAGUCCUACACCACCCGCCUGAUGAAGGUGCAGUACGAGGAAGUGGCUGAGAAGGACGACCUCAUGGGGGUGGAAGACACCGCCAAGAAAGGCUUCUUCUCGAAGCCGUCGCUCCGGAACCGCAACACGAUCUUCACCCUGGGGAACCGCGGGAGUGUCAUCGGGGGGGCUGAGCUGGAGGGACCCAUCAUCGUCCCCCACAGCGCCCAGAAGAGCGACGUCCGGUACCCCUUCGAGUCGCUCUUCCGCAGCCAGCAUUACGCCCUGCUGGACAACAGCUGCCGGGAGUACCUCUUCCUCUGUGACUUCUUCCUGGUGACGGGCAGCCCAGCCCUGGACCUCUUCAAUGCCGUCAUGGGGAAGACCCUGGCCAUGUUCCUCAAGCACAUGGACGCCUACGUGAGCGACUGCUACGACAGCAUCGCCGUCUUCCUCUGCAUCCACAUCGUCCUGCGCUUCAAGGCCAUCGUGGCCAAGAGGAACGUCCCGGCCAUCGACAAGUAUUGGGACACCCUGCUGGAGAUGCUGUGGCCCCGUUUCGAGCACAUUCUGGAGCUGAACAUCCAGAGCAUCCAGAACACGGACCCCCAGAAGCUGGGCUUCCUUGACACGCGCCCCCACUACAUCACCCGCCGCUACGCAGAGUUUUCCUCCGCCAUCGUCAGCAUCAACCAGACGUUCCCCCACGACCGGACGUUGACUCUGCUGGGGCAGCUUCAGGCAGAGGUGGAGAACUUUGUUCUGCGAGUGGCGGCCGAAUUCUCCUCCCGCAAAGAGCAGCUCAUCUUCCUGAUCAACAACUACGACAUGAUGUUGGGGGUCCUCAUGGAACGAGCCGUGGAGGAGAGCAAAGAGGUGGACGGCUUCCAGCAGCUGCUGAACGCUCGGACCCAGGAAUUCAUUGAGGAGCUCUUGGCCCCCGGCUUUGGGGGCAUGAUUGCCUUUGUGAAGGAGGCUGAGGCGCUGGCGGAGCGGGGCCAGCUGGAGCGGCUGCGCGGGGAGGAAGCCCGGGUGACGCAGCUGGUGCGAGGAUUUGCCGGGACGUGGAAGGCGGCCGUGGAGUCCCUCAGCCAGGAUGUGAUGCGCUCCUUCACCAACUUCAAGAACGGCACCACCAUCAUCCAGGGGGCGCUGACGCAGCUGAUCCAGUACUACCACCGCUUCCACAAGGUCAUGGGGCUGGCCCCUCUCAAGGCCCUGCCGGUCCGCUCAGAGCUCAUCAACAUCCACCACCUCAUGGUCGAGGUGAAGAAGCACAAGCCCAACUUCUGAAGUGGGGGGAG